CCAAACGUUUCGACUUCUCGUUCCUUCUUUGCUGCUGAGCACGUGGAUCAGCUCAUCAGACGCUCCAAGAACGACCGGUCGAUCCGAGGAGGGUGGAAUUACCGUGGCCACUUUUGGCCUAGAUCCCCGGAUCAGAUGAUAUGACAGGGAGCCUGAUGCAUGCGGUGACGGAAGCCAAUUGACAGAGACGCGAAGGGCAGGAGAAUCCUUCGUCCAAAAGUUAAAGAGUCGCCGUCACUAGGGGGCUACCGGCAAUUAAUAAUGACCUCUCCAAGUCGUCGCGACUGUAAAACUGGGCGAGUCUCCUCGCCGUCUUCGUCGCCUCUGAUUCGUGUUUCCCUCCCCGUCUUGGGGUGCAAGUCGAACGAAAACUUUAUCUUGAGAGGGAAAGAAGACCCACCUUUUUUUUUUUCUUUCCUUGGGCUUUUUUGUUGUUUCGCACUGAUUCUCGUUGCUUGGUCGAAGGGCAAAAAGGAUGCACGGCUUCGGAAGCGAGAGAGCCCCGUUGCUGCAACGAGGAGGAGGAAGAAAGAGAGAUGAUUCUCUCAUCAACAGUCAUGUGACGGACCUGGAACAUGGAGAUGCUGUACCAGCUGCAAAUGUGGGAUUUGGCAGAGUACUCUCACUGGCAAAGCCCGAUGCUGGGAAGUUGAUCAUAGCUACGAUUGCUCUCUUGGUUGCAUCCCUUUCAAGCAUACUAAUUCCAAAAUUUGGUGGGAUGAUAAUAGAUAUUGUGUCAAGAGAGAUGAGAUCACCUGAACAGAGAGCUGAAGCACUGGAGGCUGUCAACAGAACCAUACUGGAGAUAUUUUUAAUUGUUGUGACUGGUUCUGUUUGCACAGCACUCCGAGCAUGGUUAUUCUCCUCUGCUAGUGAACGAGUCGUUGCUAGACUGAGAAAGAACUUAUUCAGUCACCUUAUUAAUCAGGAAAUAGCAUUCUUUGAUGUCACUCGAACAGGGGAGCUGUUGAGCAGACUUUCUGAGGAUACUCAGAUUAUAAAAAAUGCUGCAACCACCAAUCUGUCCGAGGCCUUGAAAAAUCUAUCAACUGCAUUUAUUGGCCUUGGCUUCAUGUUCACCACAUCUUGGAAGCUGACAUUGUUGGCUUUGGCCAUUGUGCCUGCUAUUUCUGUUGCUGUUCGUAAGUUCGGCCGCUUUCUUCGCGAACUUUCCCAUAAAACACAAACUGCGGCUGCUGUAGCCUCCUCAAUUGCUGAGGAGUCUUUUGGUGCGAUACGCACCGUGAGAUCCUUUGCCCAGGAAAGAUAUGAAGUGUCACGCUACUCCGAGAAAGUUGAUGAGACACUGAACCUUGGAAUCAAACAAGCUAGGGUUGUUGGCAUCUUCUUCGGAAGCCUAAAUGCGGCCUCAACACUGUCAGUGAUUGUUGUUGUCAUAUAUGGAGCCAAUUUGACCAUCAUGGGUCAUAUGUCACCUGGUGCUCUCACCUCUUUCAUUCUCUAUAGCCUCACCGUGGGAUCCUCGGUCUCUGGAUUAUCUGGGUUGUACACUGUAGCAAUGAAAGCUGCAGGAGCCAGCAGGCGGGUCUUUCAGAUUCUGGACCGUGUUUCAUCCAUGCCUAUGUCAGGGGAUAAGUGUCCCUUGGGGGACCAAGAUGGAGAGGUGGAGUUAGACGAUGUGUGGUUUGCGUACCCUUCCCGUCCCAGCCACAUGGUGCUCAAGGGAAUAACAUUAAAGCUGCAGCCGGGCUCAAAAGUUGCUCUAGUUGGUCCUAGCGGAGGUGGAAAGACCACAAUAGCAAGCUUGAUUGAGAGGUUUUAUGACCCUAUCAAGGGGAAGAUUCUGAUAAAUGGGAUUCCAUUGGUAGAAGUAUCCCAUGAACAUCUCCACCGAAAGAUAAGUAUAGUUAGCCAAGAGCCUGUCCUUUUCAACUGCUCCAUAGAGGAGAACAUAGCCUAUGGCUUUGAUGGCAAAAUCAGCAGCGAAGACGUGGAAAAUGCAGCCAAAAUGGCCAAUGCCCACGGGUUCAUAUCGGAGUUCCCGGAGAAAUAUCAAACCAUGGUCGGAGAGCGUGGAGUGAGGCUUUCCGGCGGUCAGAAACAGAGAGUAGCGAUCGCGAGGGCCUUAUUGAUGAACCCAAAGAUUCUCCUGCUAGAUGAAGCCACAAGUGCUCUCGAUGCCGAAAGUGAAUACCUGGUUCAGGACGCGAUGGAUUCUCUAAUGAAGGGAAGGACGGUGCUGGUGAUAGCCCAUCGCCUAUCGACAGUGAAGAGUGCCGACACGGUGGCGGUCAUUUCCGAUGGCCAGAUAGUCGAGAGAGGCCCUCACGAGGAUCUCCUCAGCAAAGACGGUGUUUACACUGCACUAGUCCGGAGACAGCUACAAGGCGCCAAGAGCGAGAUUAAGACGAUCGAGGCGGUUGACAAUGGAACCGAUAUUACAGAGAAACAGUAGUUUGCACACUGCGUGGUCGUAGGUGAUUCACUUGUACAUCGGAUCCCGUCGCAAACUGCUCAAAAUUUCACCUGUUGGCUUAUAAUGGAUGUGAACUUUGGCCCAUAUCAGGUGCCAGCCUCAAGCAUCAUUUUUAACGAGCCGAAUCUGAUUCGAUUUUCACCUCGAAGUCAACUGUAAUUCGACACGAUGCUAUUGAUAACAAUUGCUCCUUUUGUUUCC